UUUGAUUGUUUUGUGAUUUGUCUCAUUUUCUCGAAUUUGAUAAAAACAAAAUUGCUUGAUUUAGAUUUUUUAACUGAAAAGAAGACAGAAAUAUGAGUCCUGUGGAAAGUGCGCCUAUAGCAAUAUUAGGUCAUAUAGAUGAAUAUGUAGAAUUACUAUAUGAUGACAUUCCGGAGAAAAUUAAGGGCUCAGCAUUGAUUUUGCAGCUUGCAAGGAAUCCUGACAAUCUAAUUGAACUUGCAAGAAAUGAAGCCUUACUGAGUGCUUUGUCAAGAGUUUUAAGAGAGGAAUGGAAAAGAAGUAUCGAGCUGAGCACUAAUAUAGUGUAUACAUUUUUUUGUUUUUCAACAUACAUAGAAUUUCACUCUGUUAUCAUUCAAUACAAAAUUGGUUCUUUGUGUAUGGAUGUUAUAGACUAUGAACUCAAAAGAUAUGAUCAAUGGAAAGAGAAAGUGGAAGGAAAGAAACAAAUUCUUACCCCAGAUAAAACCGAGUUGCCUAAAAGUCGCAUUCCCGAGCCAAAGAGGAGACCCAAAUCUGGUACAUGGGCUGUUGCAGAUGUAACAUUACAGAAGCCACGGUCAUUGGGUUCCAGUUACCAUGAAGAUUUAUGCAAUGCCUCUGAUGAUUUACUUUCCAAAAGUGACGAGGAACAGAUGAAAAGGAAACUAAAGACAUUGUCUAAGAGACAGGAGCAACUCCUGAGAGUGGCUUUUUAUAUGUUGUUGAAUAUAGCUGACAACAUUAAAGUUGAAGAAAAAAUGCACAAAAAAGACAUUGUGGGUCUGCUUACAGGAGCUAUGGAAAGACAUACCAAUAUCGAUCUCUUAAUUCUUAUUGUAUCAUUUUUACAAAAACUGUCAAUUUUUGUAGAAAACAAAAAUGCUAUGGCUUCUAAAGGAAUAAUAGACAAACUGUCUCCACUUCUAGAUUCUGCCAACCCAGAUUUAGUCAAUGUUACUUUAAAGUUAUUGUUUAAUUUAUCAUUUGACACUAAACUGCGGAACAAAAUGAUUAAAAACAAUCUGCUUCCAAAAUUUAUACAAUUUACCAGUGACGAUAAGCAUAUAAACCUCGCUAUGAAAAUACUUUACCAUCUCAGUAUGGAUGACAGGGUCAAAGUAAUGUUCACCCAGUCGGACUGUGUUAAAUUGUUGACGGAUAUGCUGCUGCUGAACGUGAACAGCGAGUGUGGCGGCGAGUCGGGCCCGGGCACGACGGACGUGCUGCUGGCGCUGUGCAUCAACCUGGCCUGGUGCGCGCCGGCCGCGCAGCAGAUGGCCGCCGAGGGCCGCCUGCGCGAGCUCCUCGCCCGGGCCUUCCGACACAAGAACGCGAUGCUCAUGAAACUCGUGCGCAACCUCUCCCAUCAUCCCCAGAAUCAACCUCUUUAUGUGGAGUUCGUGGGAGACAUCGCCGGCGCCGCGACGAACGGCGAGGCCCCGGAGGAGUUCGUCAUCGAGUGUCUCGGCACCCUGAGCAACAUCCUCAACCUGGACAACAACGUCGACAUUAACGCCGUCGUUGACAGAUACAACUUGAUACCCUUCAUCAUGAAUAUGUUGGAUCCAGAGUCGGGUCGCGACCCGGAGCUGGUGCUGGAGGCGGUGGUGGUGGCGGGCGCGGCGGCGGCGGCUGAGGCGGCGGCGACGGGGCUGGCGCGCGCGGGUGGCGGCGCGGCGCUCGUGGCGGCGCUGCGGGCGCGCCAGGCCGACGACGACCACGUGCUCCAGACCGUCUUCGCCUUCCGACAGAUGUUGGCGCACCCCCGCGCCGCUCAGCACCUCGUCUCAAAUACCGAAGCGCCGGCCUACCUCAUAGAUCUCAUGCAAGACAAGAAUGUGGAAAUACGAAAAAUGUGCGAUUCUUGUCUCGACAUCAUUUCACAAAUGCAGAAUGAAUGGGCAGAAAGAAUAAAAGUGGAGCGGUUCAGGUGCCACAACGGUCAGUGGUUGUCAGUGGUGGAGACGCUGGGCGCGGAGGGCGGUGCGGGCGGCGGGGCGGGCGGCGGGGACGAGCUGCCGCCCUACCUGAGCGCUGACUAUCUCACCACGCACCGCCUCACCACCUCCGACUCUCAAUCGUCUCUUAAUGAAGAUUCCGACAGCUUUUUGGGAGAAGUGGACACAAACAGGACAAACAACAGAAAUAUUCAAGAUGGACUUUCCGAAGACCUAAUGGGAUUAUCUAUUAAAUCAAUUGAUAGUAACGGACUAGUCAAGGAUAUUAAUGUUUUUGCUUAAGUAUAACAGGCGAAACGAAAGUAAUGAAGUAUUAUAGUAUUAUGCUUUUUAAUUUUUAUGCACUGCUUCUAGUCAAAUCUAUGGUGAAAACUGAUAUAUGUAAAAUAUAUAAAUUAUUAUAUUAUUCACAUAAUUUAUGUAUUAAAAUGUAACUCUCUAUACUUAGAAAAGGCUACCCAGUAGUUUACAUUCAGCCUGUAUAAAACUGCUUUUAGCAAAAACAGUUGUCUAACAUUCCAAUAAGUAAUAGUUUAAAUAAAAAACUUACAACUUUUUUUUCUCAAAAAUUAUAAAAAAUUAUUGCAGCUUGGGCUGUGUGUAGUUAACAGCCAAUGGCAACAUUGGAUGUUAACUACACACAGCCCAAGCUAAUAAAAGCGUGUUAAAAAUUGUUUAGUUCAUAUUAACAAGAGAGCUAAGUUUUGCAUGGAAUGUGUUCUCUAUCUAAUCAGACAAAUUGUAAUUCAACUGAUUAUUAAAAGUCGGCCUUGUGCUAAAAUAUAGUGCUGCUUGUGUAAAGAGUACAUUUAAGCAAAACCUUAUCAAAACAUUUAAAGCGAAAAUUUUGUGUCCCGUUUUUAGUGAUAAAAGUUAUCACUAAAAAAGGGACACAAAAUGUAGGCUUUCAUAUCAUAUGAUAUUAAAUCAUUUUG